CCUCACCACUCAACUCCAUCUUCACCAUCACCACCUUCACCACCCUCAUCACCUCCCUCGCCCUCAUGCCUCCUCACCGAGUCCCGUUUGCUGCAGGCGUCGUUCUUCCCGCGCUCGCCCGGCCCGACACCAGGACCAGCACCGCCCCGCCCAACCACGCACUCAAGCAACUGCCCUCCCCGCAGCACAUCGCGUCCUCCAUCGCCAGAUACUCCAACUCUAUCGGCACCUCCUCUAAUGGAACGCGCCCUGUCCUGCCUCAAGACCUCAAACUUCCCUUCCCCGCCCCUGUAGCUCAAGGCAUAUCAUACAUCAAUGGAGGCACCGCGAUCAGAAACAGUAGUGCUACAUCUGACACGCGCCUGCGUGUGCCCGAGACCGUGGAAUUGCUGGACGAUAUAGUAGAAGAAGACGACGAUGACGAUCUCGCAGGUGCCGACAAAUCCGGAUCGACAAAGACUGCAAACCGCAGCAGCAGCCUCUCCGCUGACGAAAUCACCGAAACCGAUCUCAACAACCUGCCCGAGACCUCAGUAACCACCGCCGCCGCGUCCGACACUACUAAUAAAGAGCAGCAGCAGCGGCCGGUCGUGGUCUCGGUCCAGGACGACUCACAGGGCUCGAUGCUGAACGUCUCGUCUUCGUUCGAGGUCGACGAGAGUCAGUUCGCUAGAGAUGAGGAGGAGUUUAGUAAGUUGCUCACGGCAGAGGCAAGCGCGCUGCCUGAACAUCCCGCGUCUUCUUCUGCAUCUACAUCACCUCCUCCCGCGCAGCGUUCAAAACGAGCUCCUCCCUCCUCCUCCUCCUCCACCUCCUCCUCCCCACCUCGCCGACAACCCGUCGGUCCGUACGUCUACACCUCCUACACGCCAAUCACGACCCCCCUCGCAGACGACGACCUCGCGUCCGAAUACCGCAAAAUCAACCACGACCCGUCCGAGCUCGAGCGAUACUACGGCGACAUGACGUUUUCAGAAUGGGCCAAGGCCGGCGACGAGCUUGUCGAGCGCGCGGCGGGACUGAUCCGGCGCGCGGUCGAGAUCAGGAAAGUGAAAGCGGAGGCGCUGGCGGUGCUUGAGAAGAAGAUCGAUGAGCAUGCGAGGAUGCUGGAGGAGAGAGCGGAGGGGAUUGCUACGGAGAGGGAGAAGAUCCGGGUGCGUGCUGUGCAACUUAUCGACAACCAAUAACUACAUUCUGUUUCUUUGCUUCUGCUGCUUAGCUUAUAACUAGUUGUCUCCUCUCUUUUUUUGCGAUAUUGUAAAAG